CGUCGAUUGCGGAAACCCGGCUCGCGGGCCACAAGGACGAGAGUGGCGGGACUGGGGACCGAGGCCGCAGGGUGAUAGCAGCCAGCAGAACGAAGGUCGGGGACUGAACCUCGGAGUGUCCCGGAAAACGGAUGUGAAGAUGUGUGCAAGAUUGGGCACCUGCAUUUUACAGGGUCAACUUUUGGACAUUGGUCAAUUCCUGAAGUUAGCAGCUUUUCGUAUCGAGGUUGCAGGCAGAGAUGGCAAAGCGAUUUUGAGUAAUGCAAAACGUUUGAGUAAUGGACACUUAGGAACAAAAACGCAUGAUGUUAGCAUGGAAACAGAAUGGCCUUUACAGGCUAAAUCUAUUGUUAUCAACUGUAACCAUACGGUUUUGAAACACUUUGGUACAAACCUGCUUUCCUAUUCCUGUACUAAGAGAACCCAGCCAACUAAGAAAUCAUCUAUACUGCCACCUCAGAACACUGAAACUCUAGUGAACUAUUCAGGGAAAAGUGUCCCACUAUUAACAAUUCACAAAGCCUCACACCGUUGUUUGAAAGAGAAGCUUCAAUUUACAGCUGUACAGUUUUUGAGAACCAGCAGUAUAUUAAAUACCUGCCAUCUUGCUCGUGGAGUUAUGUCAGUAACACCAGGCAACUUCAUCCUAUUGACCCACAGAUCAUUCUCAAAGUUGUCUUCAGACAAAAAUUCGGGGAAAUCUGCCAAAAGCCAACAGAUAACACCGCAGAAAAAAAUUCUAGUGACUUGCCUCUUUGGAGCUGCUGUGAUGGGAUUUUGUUUCUAUGUUCACUUGGAAAAAAAGAAACAGGAGAAGUUGAAACGCCAUGAGCAGCUGAAGAAAUUGGUACUUGGUCAAGGUGAUUUCAACUUGCUAGAUCACACUGGAAGACCCAGAACCAAGAGUGAAUUCUUUGGCCAGUGGGUGCUGUUGUACUUUGGAUUCACUCAUUGCCCUGACAUCUGUCCUGAUGAGAUGGAGAAGAUGUCUAAUGCAAUACUCAUUUUGGACAUGGACAGAGCACUGCCACCUGUCCAACCUAUUUUCAUCACAGUGGAUCCAGAAAGAGACGGAGUGAAAGAGAUGGCAAAAUACAUCAAGGAUUUUCACACUCGUAUGAUUGGGUUAACUGGGACCCCAGAACAGAUCAAGGAACUGGGAAAGGCAUAUCGGGUGUAUUACAGUGCUGGUCCAAAGGAUGAAGAUAAUGACUACAUUGUGGAUCACACCAUUAUCAUUUAUCUUCUCAACCCUGAUGGACUUUUCAUCGAUUACUACAAUAGGAGCAAAACUGAUCAGGAAAUCGCUGAGAGUAUCCGAGGCCACAUGAAAACCCAUGUUCAACUGUUCAGUUGAAGAUAAAUGGGAGAUUAUUAGCAAAAGUUUGCACCAGAAUCAAUUAUUGGUGAGAAUUUGUUAUGUCUACCCAUGUCACAAAUCGAUCAGGACUUCUAAUAUUUUACGCAACACUUUUCCAAUUCUACCUACAUCUGAUCAAGUGGGAAGAUUUGGCAAUUUUUCCAAAUGAGUUGACAUAUCACGACAGUGAAUAACAAUUGUUCAUGUAAUGCACAUAAUCUGGAUAUUGAUUUAAAAUUAAUUCCAAGAUUUGUUUAGCAACCAGGAACACAAGUGACAGUCACUGCUGCUCACAGAAUGUUAGUGAAUAGAUGUGAUCAAUCACAUAACUUAUAAUUGCUUCAAAUAACUUUGUACUGUAGCAGAAUAUAAGUUUUUCAAAUUAUUGUUAUAAUGUAGACACCAAAUGAUUAAUAUUCACUUACCAAUUAUAUUGUCAAAACAAUUAUUUAAUAAUUUUAAUCAUUGCUGGCAUAAUUGGACAUGUUUAAUUCCCAGUGUUUAUAACUACUCAGUUCUUGUACUUUAUUUUGAAAAUGGGUCAUUAUUUCCUUUUAAUGGAAACCAGUCUGAAUACCAGAAGAGUUGAAACAAUAGAUCAGAAUUCCUAAUCAGAACAUACCUUAAAAACAGGCAGUUUAUUGUCAGUCAGAAACUAGAUAUUUUAAAUUUAGCAUAUCAAACAUCCAGUACAGAAAGAACCAAUUACACUUACUGCCUAUAUACACCCAUUUCAUGCAGGAUGACAGCUACUUUGUAACUUGAAAUUACUGACAAGUGAAAAUGGAGAUACAGGAGCAUGACACACCUGUGAAACCUAGCACAGGAGUCACACAUGUUAAAUUCAGUCUCUGUCUACCAGAUGGAGCUUUGGAUUUGAACCAGGAAAAUCAAAAAUGCAUAAUGUGAUAAACUGCAUAUAUAGAUUUGAGCAUGCUUCCUCGAGAAUGGAAUAUACUCCUGCCUUAACACAAUCCAAAUAUUGCAUUGUUUAAGAUAUUGUUUCAAUAAAUUAAGACAAUCCUGAACUUAAUAAAUUCAUAUUAUUGAUGCAAA